UGGAGUGUUUCUCGAACACAAUCGAGCGACAACAUGCAGGAAAGUACGAUCUACAACAUCCUACCGUUGCUGCUGUGCGGUCUCUCCGUACCACUGUCCAUGUUCAUGUGGAUCGGCAAUGUUGCCUACUCGAAGAUCGCAAGCGAUGGUUCCAAUAGCAUUAUUCCACCGACCCGUUGGCUAUUUUCCGUGCUCGUCCCGAUACUUCUCAUGGUGUACGGAUUGAAGCGCAAAGGUGUGAAUAAAUCCGGUGCCGCAUUUGGAUUGGUGUGUGCGGUAAUACUUUCGAUCGCAUCACACGCAUUCCUGGCCUGUCUGGCGGCGUUCUUCUUCAGCUCGAGCCGGGCGACCAAAUUUCGGGGCCAUGCAAAGCGAAAGUUUGAGGAAGAUUUUAAGGAAGGUGGACAGCGUAACUGGGCCCAGGUGAUCUGUAAUGCGGGCAUGGCGACACAGCUGGCACUGCUCUAUUUGCUCGACUGUGGGUACGGUGAACGGCCGAUUGAUUUCGUGAAUCUUUAUCGAUCAAGCUGGCUUGGGGUGGCCGUGAUGGGAUCGUUCGCAUGCUGCAACGGAGAUACGUGGGCUAGUGAGCUCGGGACGGUUAUUGGGAGUGGUGAUCCAUUUCUCAUCACCAGCCGGAAGCGAGUUCCACGCGGAACAAACGGAGCUGUUUCGUUCGUUGGAUUGGUGGUGAGCUUUUUAGGAGGGACGUUGAUCGGUUUGGUUUAUUAUCUUACCAUCCGAUACACGGUUGAGACGAACAUUUAUCAAAACAGCCCGGAACAGUGGCCGUUAAUUGUGUUCGGUGGUAUGGCGGGAUUGUUGGGUUCGCUGGUAGACUCACUGCUUGGUGCAACGCUGCAGUAUUCGGGACAGAACGAACGGGGCAUGAUUGUGGAAAGGCCAGGCAAGCACGUGCGUCACAUCAGCGGGGUACGUAUUUUAGACAAUCACAGCGUCAACUUGAUAUCGACCAUCCUGACCGGCAUCAUGAUGCCCUCGAUUGCGAUGAAUCUCUGGGGGAUGUUUUGAUUGCGA